AGCACGCAGGUGUCGUCAUACAAUGCUAGCUGUUUGCGCGAUUGCUGUCAAAUCACCUGGCGAGUAACCUAAUUUCUGCCAUUUAAUUUUAUUUAAGUUACCUGUCGGUUUUCAGAGAACCUGUCCGUCUGGUUGUGGUUUGUCUUUGAAGCAGCAGGAUCGUUUACUGCUCACCGCUGGUCCUUAGCCGAGUGCUAACAACACUGACAGCAAGCAACUUGCAUGCGUCUAGCACCGCUGUCAUUUCCAGGCAGCCGAACAGCAGGGUUCGAAGAGACUCUGACAGUAGCCAUCUGCAGCAAACAUCAUGGAGCUCCAAGCAGUGCUGAUGGCGGCUGGUGGGGGUUCUCGUAUGACUGAUCUGACAUACAACACCCCCAAACCAAUGUUGCCUGUUGGCAACAAGCCCCUAAUGUGGUAUCCCCUUAACCUUCUGGAGAAGGUGGGAUUUGAAGAGGUGAUUGUGAUCACUACCAAAGAGGUCCACAAGAUGAUGAGCACUGACCUUAAAAUAAAAGACGUGAAGAUGAAACUUGAUGUGGUUUCUAACCUGGAAGAUGGCGACAUGGGCACCGCCGAUGCUCUCAGGCACAUCCAGGCAAAGAUCAAGACGGACAUCCUGGUGGUGAGUUGUGACUUGAUAACAGACGUGGCACUUCACGAGGUGGUCGAUCUGUUCCGGGCCCACAAUGCAACACUCUCCAUGCUAAUGAGCAAAGCCCAUGAAUUCACAGAGACGGUCCCAGGCCAGAAGGGCAAGAAAAAGACAGCUGAGCAGAGGGACUUCGUUGGUGUUGAUCAGUCAGGGAAGAGGCUGCUCUUCAUGGCCAAUGAGGCAGAUCUGGAGGAUGGACUAUCAGUCAGGAAAUCCAUUAUGAGAAAACAUCCCAGAAUGCACAUCAAAACAGGCUUGGUGGAUGCUCACCUUUACUGUCUGAAAAAAGCUGUUGUGGACUUCCUCACAGAAAACAAGUCUAUCUCAUCAAUCCGUGGAGAGCUGGUGCCAUAUUUGGUGCGUAAGCAGUUCUGCAAAUCAGCUAAUAGCCAGAAACUGAAAGACGACACAGAGGAUCAGACUCAGGAAAAAAACGACGGGCCUGCAAACCACGAGCUCCUCAUUUCAUCACGGGAUGAGCCUCUCCUCCAGCUGGCGCAGGAGCGUUCCUGUUGGAAUGACCACCACGGUGACAUGAGCGAGGCCUACCAUGGAGGAAAGCUGCGCUGCUAUGUUCACAUUAUGGACCAGGGCCUGUGCUGCCGGGUUAAUACUCUAGCUGCUUACAUAGAGGCGAACCGACUGGCUCCAAAGCUAUUUGAAGAGCCACCAGUCCACCCAUCUGCUGUCAUUUCUGAGAAAUGUCUGAUGGGAUCAGACAGUAUCAUCGGAGCUCAGUGCCAAAUUGCAGACAAGACUUCCAUAAAAAGGUCUACAAUUGGAAAUUCCACCACUGUAAAAGAGAAGGUCAAAGUCACCAACUCCAUCGUCAUGCAUAGUGUUACCAUCGAGGAGGGAUGUAAUAUCCAGGGCAGCGUGAUCUGCAGUAAUGCUGUUAUUGGCAGAGGAGCAGACCUCAAAUACUGCUUGGUGGGAAAUGGACAGCGCAUCGAACCAGAAGCCGAGCGGACUAACGAGAUCAUCGUUGGAACAGACCAACUCAUGGAGAUCUAGCUUUCAUUACCCAGUCUGAGCGCAGCAAAACACAGCACCAGUUCCCCAGCUGACGGGCCAAUCGGAAGCUAACACUGUUCUUGA